GAAAGAACGGACAGAAAGGAAAGGAAAGGAACAGAACAGGAACAGGAACAGGAGCUGGAACAGAAAACAGAACAGAACAGAACAGAAAGAAAGAAAGAGCGAAAGAAAGAAAGAAAGACAGAAAAAAAGAAAGACAGACAGAAAGAAAGAAAGACAGAACUUGAAUUCUUCACAUCACAUCUUAAACAUUGCCCUCUGCUCCACAUGCGCGGAAACUCUUCUGCGGGAAAGAUGGGAAAGGUGUGGAACUUUCAGUUUUGAUGUGGCUCCUAGGUCCAUGAAGGGGCCUUUACUUCAGAUGGUGCAGCCCAUUCUGCAAAUCAUUGCUGCGAGCAAGGGGAUACCCAUGAACGAGUAUCUCAUGAGGACUGUGGCAAGAAUAUUUGCCUUCCUGAAGCAACAGGGAGCAGAGACGGGUCUCGCAAUGCUGGGGCCUCUCUCUGCCAUCCUCAUUGCUAUGGCAGCAAACCCUUCAAAUCCAGUUUUCAACCACAACCUCUUCGAGGCAGUGGCUUCGAUCGUCAAGGUUUGCGUGCCCACGCAACCCGACACGGUUGAGAGCGCCCUGCUGCCUGUCUUUGGGCAGAUCUUAGAGAGAAAUGUGGUGGACUUUUUGCCGUACACGUUUCAGAUAAUGGGUCUCCUGCUUGAUGCUUCUCCGAAUGUGAAGCCGCUGUACACAGAGCUUUUUGCCAGGCUGUUGACCCCUGAGCUUUGGCGAGCUCAGGCAAAUGUGCCAGGACUGAUUCGACUUCUGCGUGCUUACUUCACCAAGCAUGCAGGGUUUGGAGAGCUGCUGAGGUCGAACAUGCAGGCGAUUCUCGAGCGAUUCCAAUUCGUGCUGAUGAAUCGGAAGACCGAGGAAGCGGCACUGGAUUUGCUGAACGCCAUGUACCAGUAUUUGCCCAUCGAAUUUUAUCAGCAGUUUCUCAAGACACUCAUGACAGUUUUGUUGACUAGACUGCAAAGCAGCAAGUCACCGAAGUUCAAGCGGGACUUUGUGGUCUCGUGCUCGCUUUGCAUACAUAAGAAUCAGUCAGUGAUAGCACUGUUCGACUCUAUACAGGCUGGCCUGUUGAGUAACUUGCUUCUCAACGUGUGGCCACCUGUGCUGAAGAUGCCUUUGCGAACGGACGAGCGGAAGGUUUGCGUGAUGGCCCUGGCCAAGCUGUUUUCAGUUGAAGAAUUGAGACAGAACACGCAGCUAGUUGGUGCUUGCUCACUUAGUCUUGUCCAUUUGCUUGGUUUGGCUUCUUGCUGCAAGUCGAAGCAGAACCUGAACGGCGACGAGGGUUCCGACGAAGAGCUCGAGAACGGGGCGGGGCAGGAGUAUGAAGUGAGCUUUAACAAGCUCCAGAAUACUGAUCUGCCUGGUGCAGCUGCUGGAAUGGCGCCAGAUGUGCCGGACUUGCUUUGCGCGGCCAAGGCUUCGCUGAAGCCGGUGCUGGGCCCCGUUGUCCUGCCGCUGGCACAAGCCACCGCAGAGUUGCAGCCUUUGGCGGCUUUUCUACAAUAGGCAGCACAUCCAUGUUUCUCUUAGCUAGGCUCUCUGGACGUCUAAUCGCCUGUGAAGC